AUGGCGUUUUCGGGGGCAUUGUCGCUCACGGACCUCAACGACUACUUGGGGCCUUCACAAAUAUGCAUAAAACCCGUGGAAUCAGCGCCGCAGCCUGCGGCGUCUGCGGGCGAAACGGAAAUUGCGAUCGACGAUGGCAAGUACUAUGAAGCGGGCAGCGGCACACGCGCUCGGACAGAGCUGGAGACGGCAGAAAUCUCGCUAAACGACUGUUUGGCAUGCAGUGGCUGCGUUACGUCUGCAGAGACAGUGCUCAUCGGUAUGCAAAGCAUCGACGAAGUGCGGCAAGCAUUGCAGGAACGCGACGGACGCAAGUUUAUUGCCACCGUAAGCCCACAGUCGAUUGCAUCGCUUGCUACGCGAUACGACUACCUGUGCCCUCCUGCAACGAUUCUUCAGCGGACUCUUCUGUACCGCAUUGCUUGGCACUUGCGUUCAUUGGGGUUUGACUUUGUCUACGAUACUAGCUUUGCGCGCCAUCUUGCGCUGCGCGAACAUACGCGGGAGUUUUUUGAGCGGCGACAUGCACGCGACGCCAACAUUGUUGACCGGCCACGGCUCCCCAUGCUCGCAAGUGCGUGUCCAGGCUGGGUAUGCUACGCAGAAAAAGCGCACACUGAAAUGCUCCCUUUUAUCGCACAAACUAAAUCGCCACAGCAAAUCUCUGGUGUGCUUGCCAAGCAGGUUAUUGGGCCACACUUGCAUGCGGACGGCAGCGUCUACCAUGUAACGGUCAUGCCUUGCUACGACAAGAAACUCGAAGCGAGCCGCAGCGACUUUACUGACGCCAACGGCGUAAAAGACGUGGACUGUGUGCUCACCACGGGUGAGCUGCAUGAUUUCCUUCUGGAGCACGGAUUCGAUCCGUUUGCUCCUGUGCCCGGCGAAGAGGGUUCACAUUGCGAGUCUACGCCCCCCGAUACCCAGCACGAUGCGAAACAAAACCUGCCUCAAUACCCAACACUAUUACAAGAACCCGGGACGAGCAGCGGCGGGUAUUUGUUUGCAAUUAUGCACGCAGUGUGGCAGGAAUGGGUUGCGGCUCAUCCUGGCGAUACCAAACCGUCCUUGGCGCUGCGCGUGAUUCGUUCUGUGGAUUAUACCGAGUACGUUUUACGAGCGCCACAAGAAGACGGCGGGCGUAUUUUAUUCAAAGGUGCGCAGUGCUAUGGAUUCCGUAAUUUGCAAAACCUCGUGCGCAAAGUACAGCGCGAGACAGGUGUGCAGGGCCGCACAGGGCUUGGAGCGCGGGGUCGCGGCAUGGCGCGGCGUGGCGCGGCACACGAGCAAAACGACGCGCUGCAAGCUGCCUACGAUUACGUGGAAGUCAUGGCGUGCCCAGGCGGUUGUGUGAACGGCGGUGGGCAAAUGCGGCCGCCAGCGGCGGAGCGUAUGGCAAUCGAGACAGAGGCGGCACCCGUGCAAGGCUGGCAAGGCACCGACAAGCGCUGGGUGCAGUUAGUAGAGGACACUUACUGGCUUGAUCCUGCGCGCCGCGCCGCGGCGUCGCUCGAUGAAAAUGCGACGCAGCCUUUGCACGUUUUGGAGGAUGCGAGCAGCGGACCGCUAGCCGAAUGGCUUGCUAGUGUCGACGCACAAGCCAUGCAAGUUGAACGCAGCUUGGACGUGUGCCGCACUAAUGCCUUCCGCACCGAGUACCAUGGUGUUGCGAAAGAGACCAAUGGAUUUGCUGUACAAUGGUAA